AUGCUUUGUUUGAGGCAGGUUUGCUUGUUUACACUGAGACAUUACCAAGCUCGGACUCUGAGUAGUGAUCUGCUUUUGAGCCAGCUAAUUAGCUGCACCCAUGAAGAUGAAGUGUUCAGCCUUGUUGGGAGGAACAAGGCCAGGCUUUCUGAAAAACAUGUGGGAAUUGCAUUGAAUGUGCUGUGGCAAUUGCAAAAGAAGAGGUCGUUUCUCUUAAGGACUAGUGACUACGUAAGAAAUCACUCCCAAUUUCUUACUCUUUGCAUUUUAGCAGAAAACAAGGUGGAACACAUGGCAGAUGAGGCCAUAGUGGACACCUUAUAUAGUAUUCUGAGGCUCAGUGUUGAAGACCGUGAUUCUCUAGCAGAAGUGCUUGUUACAGAAGCAUGGAAAAGAUUAGAAAGGCUUAGUUUGCCAGCUCUGUCUAAAUUCGCACUGUGUUUAUACAAGCAACACAGACAUUUCAGUCCCAUAAUUGGCAAAGUAGCUCAUAUUGUGGACAUGAAACUGGAUUCUAUACAGGAUAUAAGGAUCUUGUCAGUUUUGAUGAUCAGCAUAUCUGAUGUUAUCUCACAGAGUUUUCGAGAUCGAUUACUACACAAGGCUGAACAGCUUUUGGAAGAAAAGGAUGAAGUCCGCUUGAACUGUGCCAAAAGAAUACUACAGUUUCUUCAAAAUGUUAAGCUGAAAUAUCAUCCAUUGGUAGAAAAAUGCAACAAGAUUUUCCUUAAAAGUGCCUCCCAUCUUGAUAUACACAGCAUCAAUCUUAUUUUUGGACUGUAUGAGCAGCUGGGUUUUGACAGUGCUGAAUUCCGCUUGGUUGCUAAACAGCUGCUGUCUGAAACUAUAGAUGAUUAUUGUGAUCCCGAAACCUUUACAAAAUUAUUUUUUACUCUUGGGCCUAUGGCAGGGUCCAAGGUAAGAGAAAGGUUACUACUAACUGCAGUGCACAUGGCUGAAGAAUUUAGCAGUCAUCAAGCAUUGGUAAUACUGAAGACAAUGCAGAAAAUGAAAUGCAGAAAUUCUCAUCUACUCGAAAGAAUGACUGCUACUCUGCAAAAACACUUGGAUAGCUAUCACAUAUUACAGUUGGUAAAGUUAACACAGUAUUUGGUCAUGUUGCGUUGCCACGAUCUGGAGCUGUUGGCCAAACUAAAAGGGUUACUAUUUGG